GUGAGCCCCGCUGUAGAGCCCAACGAGGUGCGGCACUUUACCUCCUUCUGCCCUCAUGAGACCCCCUAGCUGACCCCGGCCCAGGAACUAAGUCCGCAGCCCACAGAUGCCCUCGCUACCCUCACGCUUCCCAGUGGAGCUGGGCUCCGUGCGGGAUCCAGAUGCCCAGGUGGGCCGUCUUCAUCGCCUGGCUGUGGCCGGGGGCCCAAGCUGGGUUCUGGCCAGGCUCCUGCGGAGAGUUGUCCAGGUGGACGGUGAAAACUCUGCUGGACAGACGGGGCUCUUCCUCUCAGCAUUGUUGGGCCACAGCUCUGCGGUGCGGCUCCUGCUGACCUUUGGUGCCAACCCCAACCACCGCUGCCGUGAUGGCAGCACUCCAGUGCAUGCGGGCGCCUUGUCAGGCUGUGGCCUGGUGAUGCUGCACCUGCUGCAGGCAGGGGGCGACCUGCGCCUGCGUGACCAGCAGGGUCGCACACCGCGAGACUGGGCUGAGCAGGGGGGUGCCAAACCAAGCUGGGAGGUGCUGGAGCUGUUGCAGCUCUGUCGUGCCCAUAUGUCAGCACUAGUGCAUGGUGGUGAGUUGCCACCCACUGCAUCCCUGGGCCAGCUGCAGACCAGCUCCAGGAAUAGCCUGUGUGGCUCCCUGUCCUCCCUGUGGCUGGUACAGGCAGACAGAACACCGAGGCCAGAGCAUAUCAGGAGAUCCCCUCAAGUCCCAGCUUUGGGGUUUGGCCAGCUGAGCAGCCUGCAGCCACUGGGGCUGGUCACAGGCAUACCCCUGGUGGACCCAAAGGAGCUGCUGCCAGCCCAGGGCGAGCCUGACCGCACCUACGAGAGCACUUCCCAUACCCUCAUGGUCAACCUCCUGUGGAGGAGCCACCCUGUGGCUGUGCGACGGCUGAAGGUCCCUGGAGCCCAUCCUGAUGUGCUGUUGGCUGACCUUCAGCACUGCAGCACCCUGCACCACCCCAAUCUGCUGCUGCUGAUGGCAAUGAGCCCCUCUGUGGAUCUGUCAGGGCUGUGCCUCCUCUUUGAGCCCGUGUGGCUGGGCUCCCUGCACAUGGUGCUGCACUCACAGAGACCAAGUGAGGAGAGUCCCCAAACUGUGCCAGGCUUGCUGCCCAGCCACCUGCUGCUGCAGGUGUUGGAGGCCCUGCUGUUCCUGCAGGCCCGCUGGUGGGCCCAUGGUGGGCUCACCUCCCAUGCUGUGCAGCUGGUGCGGCCAGGCCUGGCUAAGGUGAGCAACCUGGAGCAUGGGCGCCCACUGCACCAAUGCCGGCUGCGAUCCAGGCUGCAGCAGGGCUACCCUUGGGGGAACCAAGGGCUGCCCCCACCCCCUGAACUGUACCCAUGGCUGCCACUUGAGCUGAUUCAUGGUGAAAUGCCUGCCACCACCUCAGACCUGUACAGCUUCUGCAUCCUGGCUCAGGAGGUUUUCACUGGAGAGCUGCCCUGGGCUGGGAGAGAGGGGCCUGAGGUGAAGGCUAAACUGGAGGCAGGGGAGAGCCCAGCUCUGGACCCCAUGGUGCCAGCCCCCUACCAGGCCCUGGUUCAGGCUGGACUGGGCCUAGGGCCUGCUGACCGCUGGGGCAGCUUGCAGAGUACUCGAUACCUGCUGCGGGAGGCCAUGGCCCAGGACUCGUCCCCUGAGGUCAGUUCCCCAUUUGAGUGGACCACACUGUCCCCUGUACUGCAGGGUUCCCCACCAGAGAAACUGUUCUAUGAGGUAACUUCCAGAGUCAAGACCAGACCCAGGCCUGUGCCCCCAGGCCCCGUCCUAUCCCAGGCCCUGGAGACUCCAGAGGCCACAGGCCACAGUAGAGUGCAGAGGAGUGCAGCCUUGGACUCCAGCAGCAGCUUGACUCUAGGCAGCAGCCCCAGCCCCAGCCCCAGCCCCACCGCCAGGGGCAGCCUGCACUGCUGCCUGGAACCUAGCUCCAUAGCACCUAGCACUGAACUCAUCGGAGGAGGGCUCUUCUCCAGCCUGCAGAAGAUGGACCUUCUGGAGGAGAUCAUGGCAGAGCUGCAGAGCAGAUGCCAACUCCAAGAAAAGCCCAGCCUCAGCCCCACUCCUGGCACAGAUUGCUAGGGUGCCAAUGGCCUCUCCCUGAGGAUAA